UUCACGCUGUUUCGCAUUUUCUUGCUCGCUCCAACUAGUCUGCUCCGUCUGCCAGCAGCAGCAGAUAGGCUAGGCCACUGCAGGAAAGAUGGCGACGACGGAUAAACAGAAACACGAAGGAAGAGUGAAAAUCGGACAUUACAUUCUUGGAGACACACUUGGAGUGGGGACGUUCGGGAAAGUUAAAGUGGGGCAGCACGAGCUGACCAAACACCAGGUGGCUGUGAAGAUCCUUAACAGACAGAAGAUCCGCAGUCUGGAUGUGGUGGGAAAGAUACGUAGAGAGAUCCAAAACCUCAAGCUCUUCAGGCAUCCUCACAUAAUUAAGCUGUACCAGGUGAUCAGCACUCCAACGGACAUCUUCAUGGUGAUGGAGUACGUGUCCGGAGGAGAGCUCUUUGACUACAUCUGCAAAAACGGAAAGCUGGAUGAGAAGGAGAGCCGUCGUCUGUUCCAGCAGAUCAUCUCGGCAGUAGAUUACUGCCACAGACACAUGGUGGUGCACAGGGACCUAAAACCUGAGAAUGUCCUUCUGGACGCAAAGAUGAACGCCAAGAUCGCUGACUUUGGUUUGUCAAACAUGAUGUCGGACGGAGAGUUUCUGAGGACAAGUUGCGGGUCUCCGAACUAUGCUGCCCCCGAAGUCAUCUCUGGAAGGUUAUAUGCAGGUCCUGAGGUUGACAUCUGGAGCAGCGGGGUGAUCCUGUAUGCCCUGCUGUGUGGGACGCUGCCCUUCGACGACGACCACGUGCCAACGCUCUUCAAGAAAAUCUGUGACGGGAUAUUCUUCAUGCCCCAGUACCUGAACCCCUCUGUCACCGCCCUGCUCAAACACAUGCUGCAGGUGGAUCCCAUGAAGAGGGCCACCAUCAAAGAGAUCCGAGAGGAUGAAUGGUUCAAAGAUGAGCUCCCCAAGUACCUGUUUCCAGAGGACCCGUGCUACAGCAACAACAUGAUCGACGACGAGGCCCUGAAGGAGGUGUGUGAGAAGUUUGAGUGCACCGAGGAGGAGAUCCUGACUUGCCUGUACAGCCGCAACCACCACGACCCCUUGGCUGUGGCCUACCAUCUCAUCAUCGACAACCGCCGAAUUAUGUCCGAGGCCAAGGACUUCUACCUGGCCUCCAGUCCCCCAGACUCGUUCCUGGAUGACCAGCACCUGACCGCCGCAGCCGGCCUUAAGCCCCACCCCGAGCGCAUGCAGCCCUUCCUGGCGGGGGAGACCCCUCCCCGGCCGAGACACACGCUGGACGAGCUGAACCCCCUGAAGUCGAAGCACCAGGGGGUGAGGCGGGCCAAAUGGCACCUGGGGAUCAGGAGCCAGAGCAGGCCAAAUGAUAUUAUGUCUGAGGUGUGCCGGGCCAUGAAGCAGCUCGACUACGAGUGGAAGGUGGUGAACCCGUACUACCUGCGUGUGAAGAGGAAGAACCCAGUGACAGGCAUGCAGACCAAGAUGAGCCUUCAGCUCUACCAGGUGGACGGCAGGACCUACCUCCUGGACUUCCGUAGCAUAGACAAUGACAUGAUGGAGGCUAAAUCUGGGACUGCCACUCCUCACCAGUCUGGUUCAGUGGGGAACUCCCGCACGGCCCUUAAGAACGAAGCUGCAGAGGGGGGGUCCCAAACUGAGGGGGCUAAGGAGAACACUACCCCUGCCACAUCUCUCCCUCCCACUAAGGCCUCAGAGAGCUCCCUGGCCUCCUCGCUCGCCUCCUCCGUUGACUCGACAGGAGGCGACCUCGCACCUAUGACGGCGGUUCCGCGGCCCGGCAGCCACACCAUAGAGUUCUUUGAGAUGUGCGCCAAUCUCAUCAAACUACUUGCACGAUAGCUCGCGAUCAAAUAAAAAAACGUUAGCCUUU